AUGAGGAUGUUAAAUCAGCCUGCAGAAUAUCCAGUACACCCGGACUUUUAUGAAGUCGAAAACCCUAAUGGAACAUAUGAAAAUGUUUUCGACUCAGAUGCUAUUAUAGUUCAUGCUUCAUUUUCUGGUGCACAAAACUCUUUCUUAUGUUUGGCAAAUGACUUUUACGAAAAACCUACAAAGCUAUAUGAACCACCAAGUGGAAGUAUUUCAGACUUUCAAGUAUGGUUUACAACAGAUGGAAGAAAGAGAAUAGUUCCAUUAUACCAUGCGUUUUACUUAGAACUUAGUUUCAUAUACAACUACUAUCGAACGGUAAAAAUAUAA